UGUUCAAGCUUUGCAUAUGGAGGACUUAAAAUUUAUGUCAAGGUGGUGGAAGAAAUCACUAAUACCAGAAAGAUUAACAUUUGUGAGGGAUAGAGUGGUAGAGAAUUUCUUUUGGACAGUCGGUUCGAGCUCCGACCCUAAGUAUGUAAACUGCAGAAAAAUAGGAGCAAAGCUCAAUUGUUUCAUUUGCACAAUUGAUGAUAUGUAUGAUGUUUAUGGUACCUUGGAUGAAUUGCAGCUCUUCACUGAUACCAUUGAAAGAUGGGUUGAUGUUACAGAAAUAGGACAUCUCCCAGAAUACAUGAGGUUUUGCUAUUUGGCACUCAACAACUUCGUCAAUGAAGUCGCAUUCGAUGUUUCUAAGGAACAUGGCAUCUCUAUUGCACAUUACCUCAAAAAAGCGUGGGCAGAUCUAUGCAAGGCAUAUUUACAAGAAGCAAAGUGGUACCACAGUGGAUACACCCCAACCUUUGAAGAAUACAUUAAAAAUUCAUGGAUUUCAAUAAGUUGUCCUCUAAUAUUAGUUCAUGGGUUUUUCUAUGUCAACAACCCAGUGGAUGAUGUUGCUGCCCACAAUUGCUUGACAGAUUAUCAUGAAAUAAUCCGUCUGUCAGCUAUGAUCCUUCGUCUUGCAAAUGAUAAAGGCACCUCACCUCUUCUGUGAACGAGGCUCGUGGUUUCAUUGAUUUGGAGAUGAAUGAGAUAUGGAAGAAAAUGAAUAAAGUUGGAAUUGAAGGUGGUAGCCCUUUCUCCGGAACAUUCAUUGAAGCUGCGAUGAACACUGGCAGAAUGGCUCAGUGCAUGUAUCAACAUGGAGAUGGGCAUGGCAUCAAUAAUUUUGAGACUCAGACUCGUAUCCAAACUCUACUCUUUGAACCUAUUCCUCUAAUAUAGCCCUUAUGAAAAUGUUUACGCGAUGGUU